AUGCGCCUCUCCUUUCUCCAACGAACUUUCUUUCCGUUUAGCUUUCUCCAAAGACUGCCCCGUAUUUUAUUUUAUGACACGAUAUCCCGACUGGCUUUCUUUUCCUUCAUCCAUCCAUCCAUCCAUUACGAAGGAAUAAUACGCAGAAUUUUGUUUGGUGAUGGGUCUGCUCUCCUUCUCUCCCUUGGUUUAGCCAGCAAGUUCGAACUUGAUCAGUUGAACUCGUCUCUCUCCACCGGACGGACGGAGAAGAAAUACCGGAGAUAAAAGGACAAGAUAAACUCCGAUAUAGAUAAGCAUCGUAUUGUGUGAUUUUUUUAUUUCGUGGCCCGUUUUUUGUCUAUCGAAAAAAAUCGGUGUCACUUUGUCAUUCAUAAUUUGAAAGUUGUCAUUCCGGCAAAAGUUAAGUUGAGGGGUGCCAUUGUCCGUGGACGAGAAAACAAACGUUAAAGUUUAUACAGUUGGUUAACAAAACUACCAAAGCCGUAUUAAUAUUCCAAAGAAGAAUGGCGGCGACGAGACGACUUCAAAAGGAACUCCAAGACCUCCGGAGUAACGGGGUUCGAUCCUUCCGAGACAUUACCGUGGAUGAAACCAACAUCUUGUAUUGGCAAGGCGUUAUCGUUCCAGAAAACGCUCCUUACAACAAAGGUGCCUUUCGAAUCGAAAUAAACUUUCCAGCCGAGUAUCCAUUUAAGCCUCCAAAGAUUAACUUUAAAACCAAAAUUUAUCAUCCCAACAUUGACGAGAAAGGUCAAGUCUGCCUCCCCAUCAUCAGUGCGGAAAACUGGAAGCCAGCUACAAAAACUGAUCAAGUGAUUCAAGCCUUGGUCGCCCUGGUAAACGAUCCCGAACCAGAACACCCUCUCAGAGCCGAUCUCGCCGAAGAGUAUGUCAAAGAUAGGCGAAAGUUUGUCAAAAAUGCGGAAGAAUUUACUCGCAAACACAGCGAAAAACGACCCACGGAUUAGGAACUACAAUUAACUAAAAAUGAACCAAACCAACCAAAUUCUAGUAUUUAGAACUUAGAUUUAAACUUUAGCUUAAGUAAAAAAUACGUGCAAGAAAGGCAAGCCUUCUUCCUUAUACAUAUUAAUUAGAAUUUAACAUUUUAAUUGUUUUUAUUACUAAUUACAACUGAAACAGAAAAAACAGGAGCGGCGGCGGUAAUUCGUUAAUUAAUUUGCUACCUUAUCAAAAUCAAAAUCAGUCUAAUUUUCUCGACUGCUAUAUACUUACCGAAAGAAAAGAUUGAUGAGAAGAAUUUCAGGGGAGAUGAGUAAAACUAAACAAAAUUAUGCAGUAAUUAUCGUCAUCUAACGUUAAUUGAGCACUGUUUUGCUGUGAUAUAAAUUAUAAUGUGAAAUGAAAAGAAUAUAAAGGUACGAGUAAUUCUAUACUUAUCAUCAGGAAAUGAAAUGAAUGUAAAUACCCAAAUCUUAUCGUACUUGUGUAUUAUUUAAGAGGAUAGACUUAACCUUCAUUAAUUACCUGUAUUUAAUCGUCCACGGUAGAAAGUACUCUCCUCCUCCUAGUUAAUUAUCGUAUACAAAAUUAUAAUGAAAUAUCUAUUAUGUAUUAAUUCUUUCAUUAUGGAUGGAUGUGUACAUAUAUACCGGUGAAACAUUAA